CUAACCAUUGCUGGGCGUUUGUACUUUGAAGGCCCAACCAUUUCAUUCGUUCUUUCGUUCUUCCCUUCUCUCUAAAUUGCGAAAUUUCGGAUUGAAUUGGGGAUUGGGGUUUGUGGGGUGUCUAUUUUUAGAUCAAUUCUUUGAUUUGGUCGCCCAAAAAAGGAAAAAAAAAGAAUCAAAAUCCAGCCAUGGAAGGUGAGUUACUGGACUGGGAGGUGCUCCAAAACUCGGACUCGGACUCAAACUCCAUCGUGGUUAACUCGCCGGAGUUGAGGAAUCUUGAGGAGAUCGAAGGUGACACGGAUGGGAUGAUAAGGUCUGAUUACUUCUCUCUUGAUAAUCAGAGUAUGUAUGCCAAGGUGGGCGAUGCGACUGAAGAAGGCUCUGUUGAGUCAGAUAAUCCGAGUUGGAUUGAUCCCGGGUCAGAGACUCGGUAUGAGAGGAAGAAUUUGGGCGAGUUUUGGUCCGAUUCAGGUAGUGAUCGGUCCGAUGAUCGUAAAUUUAAUGAUUCCGAUGUGAAGAACGAGUUGGGUUUUGUUGAGAAUGAGAAACCCCCUGUAGAUUUUGAAGGUAUUGGAGAAAUGGAAGCUAAGAGUGAGAAUUCAGGUAAACUUAAGCCUGAUGAUAGUAAAUUUAGUGAUUUGGAUGGGAAAAAGGGAUUGGGCUUUGGAGAAAUUCAAGUUCAAGAUAAGGAUUUGGGCAAAUUCUGGUCUGAUUCUGGUGGAGAUGGUAUUUCAAUGAAGUUUGAGGAUGAUGAGAAGGAGGGCGACAUUGGUUUUGGUGACUUCAUGAAAAAGGGAGCUGAGGUCGAGAAUUCAGGAGAGCUUGAUGAUGGGAAUGGCUCCACUGUGGAGUUGGAAGGAGGAGAAGGUAAUCAAAUUGACACUGAAGGUGCUACGAUUGAUGAAAUGAAGUUAUGUGUGAAAUCAGUUGAUGAGGGAGACAAGAAGAGGGUUGUAUGGUGGAAAGUUCCUUUUGAGCUCUUGAGAUACUGUGUUUUCAAGGUCAGCCCUGUUUGGUCCUUCUCUGUAGCGGCGGCUGUGAUGGGUUUUGCUAUAUUGGGACACAGACUGUAUAAGAUGAAGCGGAAGAGCCGGAACUUGCCGCUGAAGGUUACCAUGGAUGAUAAGAAGGUGUCUCAGUUCAUGACUCGUGCUGCUCGUCUCAACGAAGCGUUCUCAGUUGUUAGACGUGUCCCCAUUAUACGGCCUUCACUAUCUACUGCUGGGGUGAAUCCAUGGCCUGUGAUGAGUUUGAGAUAAAAGGUAAUACUGUGAAAAAAAAAACAACAAAGACCAAGGAAAUUGGUGUUCACAAGGUAAGCUAUAAUAUUAUGUUUGCUUUCGCUGUGUUGUUGUAAGGAUGAUUGUUUACAGUUUACACUUUUCUUUAUGUAUGGGUUCUGAUGUCUAUUCAGUAUGUAAAUUUCAGACUGUAAUUUGUUUCAGUACCCUUUAUAUAUUAAGACCUUAAGCCAAUAUCAUAAAUGCAAAAUCUUGCUAUAUGCAGUUCACAAGCUUGGUUUA